AGGAGUAAUCUGGACCACACGAUACAUCUCAGGUAACUCUUGUGUUCUGUGGGGAGCCACUGAACCCACCACUGCUCCUUCUGGGAAUCUGCGCCACCACUUUCUUCGUCAGCAUGUGGAUGCACAACGUGGCGACGGCGGUGAUGAUGAUGCCGGUCGCCACCGGGAUCCUCCAGCGUUUUCCGACGGGUGGGUCCCGGUCCGACGCCGAGGCCAAGUUCUGCAAGGCGGUGAUUCUGGGGGUGACGUACGCGACGCCGAUCGGAGGGAUGAGCACUCUCACCGGCACCGGCGUCAACCUCAUACUGGUCGGAAUGUGGAAGAGCUAUUUUCCGGAGGCGGACCCCAUCAGCUUCAACACUUGGAGCUUUUUCGCGCUGCCCAUGGCUCUGCUCAUCUUCUUCGUGUUUUGGGUCGUCUUGUGUUUGAUGUAUUGCCCCAGAGGGUCGGGCCCCGCGCUUUCCGCUCAUCUCGAUAAGGGCCAACUCAGGAGAGAACUCCAAGCAUUGGGUCCAAUGGCUUUUGCCGAGAAGAUGGUGUUGGCUGUGUUCUCGAUUCUGAUAUUCUUGUGGAUGACGAAGAACAUCACAGAUGACAUUCCUGGUUGGGGAGCUCUCUUCAAUGGCCGUGCUGGCGAUGGAACUGUCAGUGUGAUGAUGGCAACGCUACUAUUCAUAAUCCCAAACAAGAAGCAAGAGGGGGAGAAGCUAAUGGACUGGAACAAAUGCAAGAAGCUGCCAUGGGGGAUCAUACUACUCCUUGGGGCAGGCUUCGCCAUAGCAGAUGGGGUAAACAAGAGUGGUCUGGCAGACGUAUUAGCCAACGCACUAAACUUUCUAGAGAGAGCCCCAUACUUAGCCGUGGCUCCUGCGGUCUGCCUCACGAGCAGCCUCAUAACCGAGCUGGUCGCCUCCAACAACGCCACCACCACGCUGGUCAUCCCAAUCCUGAUCCAAAUAGCCACCACCAUGCACCUCCACCCGCUGUUCCUUAUGAUUCCAGGUGCCAUUGGGGCUCAGUUGGCCUUCCUUCUCCCCACUGCUACACCUUCCAAUGUGGUUGGGUUCAGCACUGGCUAUAUUCAAAUUCCGGAUAUGGUCAAGAUUGGCUUGCCUCUCAAGGUGGCUGCCAUUGCUGUCAUCUCUCUUCUCAUGCCCACUCUUGGAAGUUUCGUUUUUUGGGACAAAUAAGCCAUUGCAAUGAGGCUGCCAAAUUUGGAGGUAUACUACUUUCUGUUGAUUUUUGAGGUAUUUGCCAGAGACACCCAUCUCCAAAAGAAUCAGAAAAGCCAAUAUCAGUAUUUAUAAUAUUACACACACACACGACUCUUCCAGCUCUUGCUUCCAAGCAUUAUAUAGGAUCAGCUUCUUCCAAAAUAUGUAUAUAGAGAGACAGGCCUUAAAUGGAAAGGAAAUGUGGUGGGCAUUGUUAUCAAGUAAAACUAUUAUGGUGGAUAUAUUGUUAAAACAGUGUAAUUAAGUGUAAUUUUUAUGAGGGCAUGAACAUGAAGUGAUAAAGUAAGUGUAUUUCUAUAAAGUUUCGCUUCAAUGGUUGCAUUCCUACAGAAUGGUUGAAGGGCAGAAGAAUGUGAAAUGUGAAAUGUGAUUCGUGUUUGGUUGAGUGCGGUUGUUGUUGAAGAAAAAAUGUAGGAAGUUUCAGAAACUUUGAAUUCCAAGUCUCCCCCAUCCCCAAUUCCACAGAUCGGCCAGCUGAUCAUCCUCCAUGGUUUGAGUUUCACUGAUUGAAAAACCCACCUUCAAAUUUUGACAAAACCCCAAUAAAUAGUGGUGCCCACUUGCGAUCUGACGCCAGUUUUGGCCUGUUUGAAUGCAGCAGAAGAAGGUGGAGAGAUUUGUUUCAGCAGGGGAUUUGUCUUUUUUCAUUUUUUUUCCCUUCUUGGUGUUAUUUCUCUGCUUUACUAGGGUUCUUGUUCUUGUUGGGUUUGACUAAAAUUGUCUCUGCUUCAUUCUCA